AUGUUUGUGAGAAACCAUUCCGGCAAACAGCUGGCUAUCGUUAACGGCCAUAAAUACUACUGCGGAAACAAAGGUGCCAAAAAUAACAUCUGGCGGUGCACCAGGUGGGGGAACUGCAAGUCCAGGUUCAUCAUGACGGUCACUGGGGAGAUGGUGGAUGCAUAUUUCGAACACACACACGACUCCCCCAACUCUGAUGGUUGUCAAUAUUCACAAGCACCUUUCACUUUUGAUCUGCUAUUCAUUAACUUUCUUGAUGAUGCCAUUUCAGUGUUAUACUACAAGAAUAAGAAGGGGAAGGACAUAGCAGUUGUAGACGGAUACACAUUCUAUUCGGAUAAUAGAAAAAAGACAGUGAUCACGUGGCAGUGCACGAGGUCUGGCAUGUGCCACUCUCGAUUCACGACAACGAAAUGUGGCAAAGUAAUACGUUUCUGUUACGCUCACUCACAUGAUAAACCACGAUUCACGAUACACGACGUUCAGUUUGUGAAAAAUCGUCGUGGCCAGGCUAUAAUAGUAGCGGCAGGUCACACUUUUUACCGUCAAAGAGAGCAGCUGAAUUCAAAUUACUGGUGGUGUACUUUCGGCACCAGUUGCAAAGCGCGGAUAAUCACCAACAAGGGUGCAAGAAAGGGAGUAAACUCGCCAUGUUUAAUGGAUACACUUAUAAUUGUAAGACAAUUAACAAUAUCGGCUCCAGAAGGCGAAGUUAUUGGCGUUGUACAAAAGGAGGAUCGUGUAAAGCUGCCUUUUCAAUUUCGCCAGAAAACACCGUUACCAUGUUCCAUUCUCAUGAUCAUGAAGCAGCCGAUGACUUGGGUCCAGCACAGGAACGGGAAGCAAGCGGUCAUCGUCAACGGUUUCACGUACUACUGCAACAAACAAGGUCACAAAACUGACAUAUGGCGGUGCACCAACGGUUCCAAUUGCAGAGCGAGGUUCACCAUGUCCAAGACCGACUGGAAGAUAGUCAGGGUUACUUGGAUGACUACAGAAGCUGGCAAAAAGAUCGCAUUGUAUCAAGAUUACACAUUUUACAAUUAUGCUAAUAGCGGCAUAACAGAACAUUGGCGUUGCACCAGCCAUACACUACGGAAUCAGCCGUUUACUUGGACGAAAAGACACAAUGGUAAAGAUAUCGCUCUAAUCAACGGUUACUCUUUUUAUAUGCACGAGAGAAGUUCGAGGACGGCAGUGUGGCGAUGUAGUAAGGGCAGCACGUGUAAAGCUCGCUUCACUGCUAUGCAUGACGGUACGAUGCCACGACUCACUCGGUGUAGGAAAAACCUCACCGAAGAGCAAAAAAAGAUGCGAAGACGAGAACAGAAAAAACUUAGUUCGCGCCGUGCUCGAGCCAAAAUGGAUGAAACUGCUUUAGAAGAAAGAAGAAAGAAAGACAGAGAAAAGUAUAAAAGAGCUAAAGACCAAGGGGCAUUAAAGACUAUCAAAGAUUGCACACCACAAGAGCAAAUAAAAAUGAGAAAAUUGUGGAGAGAAAAAGCGAAACAAAGACGGAAGAAAGUCAAAGAAUAA